GUCGUGCUUCAGAUAGGCACCCUACGUCAUCACGUAAGCAGGCCUCGAUUCACAUUAAAUCUCACGAACGACUGAGUCUCAGCAUACCCCUCGGCAAUUACCAUUGGUUGCACUCAUGUCUGGGAAGGCCCUCUGUGCGACGCAACACGAUGCUUCGUUGUAAGCAAACUGGCCGAGCGACUGAAACGGAGAGAUUUUGGGCCCGCGGCCCGCUUGGUGACGUCCGAAACUCGUCCGCCGUUACAAACUCCAUGCUACGUAUAUAGCCAGAAGCUUCGAUAGGAACGUUGAGAGCUAGUAUAAGACGCGAUUGAAAGCUAGCAGACUCCACCGACAAGCUGCCGAGCACCUGUCACCUAGACACCUACACAAGCACCUUCAAGUCAACGAACUACCCACAUUUCAUCCACAAUGGUCGAGUUGAUCAAGAACCUUAUCCCCGCCGAGUACGGCUACGUCCUCGGCGCCAUCGUCAGCACCUUCUUCGUCGGUGCCUGGCACGGAGGUCGCGUCGGCGCCUUCCGCAAGGCCGCAAAGAUCCCCUACCCCUUUGAAUACGCGUCCUACGAGCAGGUCCAAACGGCCGCGCCCGCAUCCAAGAAGGCCAUGCUCGCGUUCAACUCGGCACAGCGCGCACACCAGAACUUCGGCGAGAACCACCCCACCGUCCUCGGCACACUGCUUAUCAGCGGCUUGAGAUGGCCCGUUGCGACAGCUGUCCUGGGUGCGGUGUGGAGCGUUAACCGUGUCGUGUAUGCUAUUGGGUACACGAACAGUGGUGAGGAGGGUGGCAAGGGGAGGUACUAUGGUUCGCUGUGGAUGAUUGCGCACUAUGCGUUGCUCAUCAUGAGCGGUAUCUCGGCGUACAAGAUUGCGAUGGCUUAAGCAUGCUAGGCUGCGCUUAUGAGCAAAGACAGGAGACAGAACGGCGUGCGAACUGUGCGUUGUAGGAACAGCAUAUCCGACCAACAGCUGUUCAUUUCGCAGAUCUGCUCGAUGGUCACAUAUACUUGCGAUUACAAUACACGAAAAAUGAUGACCGAACAAUUUAACCUUUUGCCAAUCAUUGGAUGCGCUGCUUGUAGGGUUCAGCAUAGUCGAUUGCUUCCUAAUCCGCCCACGAUGCGCCAUCUGCGCUACAACGAGGAAUCGCAGAAGUUCGUCCAGCGGUCUAGCUUAAGCUGCUUCAAAAUCAAUCAUCUCAACAUCUCAGUAUCUUUCUCAAUCCACCCUGUUAUACAAGCA